CCGUACUCCGUACCGCUUGGUACAACAAAAAAUCAACUUCCCAAUCGCCCUGCAGGCCAGACCACUCCCCACCAGGCCAAUUCUGAGCAGUCUUCCAAAAUGAGCGACAGCGAGAACGACGACUACAGGGUCGAGGAAGAACCCGUCCUCGGCUCCGACGAUCCCUUGCGAGUUUUCGUUCCAAAGUCAUUCGGCAAGACAACGAAGGAGGCAAAUGUCGCCGCGCAGAUUGAGCAGACAAGGAGACAAGUCGAGAAGCCUGCGGCACCGAAACAAAAACGGCCCGCUUCCGACAGUGACGACCGCGACGACAGCGACUCGGACGACUCCGAAUCCGACGAGGAAGACGUGGCCGAGAAGUUCCCAGUGACGCACGAGAUGGUGCUUAAAACCCACGAGCGCGCCGUGACCAGCAUCGCCCUGGACCCCGCAGGGUCGCGCAUGGUCACCGGCUCUCUCGACGGCAAAGUAAACUUCCACGACUUUCCCGCCAUGACGCCCACAACGCUGCGAGCAUUCAAGAGCAUCGACCCGUGGGAGACCAAGAAGUCGGCGCCCGCUGAUUCCCACGCGAUCCAGCACCUCGAGUUCAGCCGGCACUCGGGGAGCGUCUUCCUCUGCGUCACUGCACACCCCCAGGCGAAGAUCAUGUCGAGGGAUGGAGGCAUAGUAACCGAGUUCGUCAAGGGCGACAUGUAUCUGCGAGACAUGAACAACACCAAGGGCCACGUCGGCGAGGUAACAUCGGGCACAUGGCACCCCGCCGACCCGAACUUCUGCGUCACGGCAGGGUCAGACAGUACACUCAGGAUAUGGGACGUCAAUAACAAGAGGAGCCAGAAGGACGUCAUCGUCUUCAAGUCGAAGGCGGCAGGCUCCGCCGGGCGCACCAGGAUGACGGCCGUCGCCUGGGGCGCGUCCGCGCAGGGUAACAGCCCGGUCCUCGUGUCUGCUGCUCUGGACGGGUCCUUGGUCAUGUACAGCGGCAAUGGACCGUUCACCAGGCCGGCGGCGGAGAUCAAAGACGCGCAUCGGCCCGAUACCUGGACCGGCGGCAUCGAUAUCAGCGCCGAUGGCCGAAUGGUGGUGACUCGCGGAGGCGACGGCUUGAUCAAGCUCUGGGAUACGCGCAAGUUCAAGCAGCCCCUCGUCAAGGUGGACCACCCUUCGACCUCGGACCGGUACCCGACGACCAACAUCAAGUACUCGCCCGACUCCCGGUACAUCAUCACCGGUUCCGCAUCCGGCCACCUUCACUUCCUCAACCCCGCCAACCUCCGCCCGGAGCACGUCACUCCCAUCACGCCCGGUAUACCCCUCAUCACCGUCAACUGGCACCCCAAGAUCAACCAGAUCCUCACCGGCUCCGCCAACGCCGAGACCCGCGUACUCUACAACCCCUCGCUCUCCACCCGCGGCGCCCUCGAGGUCAUGUCGCGUGCUCCCAAGAAACGCCACGUCGACGACGACCCGGCCUUCACCAUGGACCAAAGCCAGCUCGGCCUGUCGCCCGACGCCAUCGUCACCCCGGGCGCUCUCCCCUCCGCUAAGCGCGGCGCCGGCGGCGUCUCGGCCUCGGGCAAGACGUCGCGCGACCGGUACCGGCCCCAAGUGCAGCAGAUCACCCCCUUCAUGCGCAGCCAGCCGGACGAGAAGCACAUCGAGGAGAACAUACCGCUCAGCCGGAUGCUGCACGAGGACCCGCGCGAGGCCCUGCUCAAGUACGCCGAGGUGGCCAAGAAGGACCCCGUCUUCACCAGCGCCUGGGCCAAGACGCAGCCUGUGACACAGUAUGCUGAGCUGAGCGACGAGGAGGACGAGGCGAAGGAGGGGAGAGAUGCUAAGAGGGUCAAAAGGUGAUGGUGAUUGCGACUUCGUGUACUUUUUUUCUUGGUGUGAUUUUUACGGCGUUCGGGGCGGCAGGCCGAGAAUGACGGAAUUCUAUUAUGGGAGUCAUGAUACCUGGUGCGCUGCUUGGUCUUUUUGGUUGGAAAUAACAGAAACGAGUCGUUUGUACACACACCAUGGCACUGUCUGAUUGCACACGAGCAUAAGAGGGACAUCGUUCAUUGGACAAUAAAAGGGGAAAAUACAGGAGGGAUACAAAAAAACGAGCAAAGUAGCGCAAAAACAGAAAUUCUGCGCC